CCUUAUUUCAGGUAAAGUUAUAGUGGGAGCCCAAUAACAAAUGAGCCCAAAUACUGUGUUUGGUGUUCCCUUCCCUCCCUCCCUCCCUCCCUUUCUUUCUAUCGUCGUUCGUCGCCGCUGAAACUGCUGCUUCCUCAAAGUGACUCCAUUCCAUAUCUUUCUCUUUAGUAAUAUAAGUUUGAAUAAACAAGCAUGCCUGAGACUGGGGUAAAUCCAACUCACAGCAAGUCAACUGGAUUGCCUCGGAAGCGCUUCUAUCGAGCAAGAGCACACAGCAACCCACUAAGCGACUCCCACUUCCCUGUGCCGAUAUCACCCAGUCAUGUUGACUAUUCUCUCCAUUAUCCUCAGUUCUUUCCCUCGUCUGAUCAGUCUGAUAGUUCCAGAAAGAUCCAGUUUGCUGAUAUUGGCUGUGGUUUUGGAGGGCUGCUAAUCAGUCUUUCCACUUUGUUCCCAGAAACACUGAUGAUUGGAAUGGAACUUAGAGAUAAAGUGACUGAGUAUGUCAAGGAACGGAUUUUGUCUUUAAGGGUAGCAAAUCCAGGUCAAUACCAAAAUGUUUCUGUGGUGCGGACUAACUCCAUGAAGUACAUUCCCAAUCACUUUGAGAAAGGAUCACUCUCAAAGAUGUUCUUCCUGUUUCCCGAUCCUCAUUUUAAAGAGAAGAAUCAUCGCCGUCGGGUUAUCAGCCCAUUCUUACUAGACGAGUAUGCUUAUGUUCUUGAGGUUGGUGGAAUUAUAUACACAAUAACAGACGUGGAAGAACUUGGGGAUUGGAUGAAAUCUUGUUUGAAGAAUCACCCUUUGUUUGAACCGUUGACCGAGAAAGAACUUGAAGCAGAUCCAGUUGUUAAGCUUUUAACCUCUGCUACUGAAGAAGGCCAAAAGGUUGCUAGAAAUGCAGGACAAACUUUCCAGGCUGUAUUCAGACGCAUUGUGCCAUCUGAUCAAAUAUCCUAGACUUUGGUUGCUUAAUUUAAGGUGCUGGAAAUCCAAAGAAUCAUUUGGUCUUUGUAUUUUUUACUUGUUGUGCAUGUACUUAUUUUCGUGUUGAGUAGAACUUAAUUGAUAUCAUGCAGUGUAGUUCAAGAUUCAACCUGUUUGGUAGUCAACAGUGACAGUUUUGGUUCGUUAAUAUUUGCCAUCAAUAUGAUUAUUCACUUUCGCAAUGUUAAUGCCUUAUGAUAUUCCCUGGCUAAGGCAUUUAGAAUGGAAAGAAGCCUCACAGAAACUACAAGGAAUAUUUAUUCUUUCA